AUGGCGGACCGCGUAGCCGGGGAAAAUAUCCCUGGCGGACCGUCGGAGGGAGACCAGAGCUCGGCAGAGUUCACGAGCCUCAAAGGGGAUGUAGGCUCGCUGGCAGAGCAGAUCAGCAAGUUGACGCUACUGGUAGGCGAGCUAACACGGAAGGAGGAGGAGCCCAGCGACGCCAGAGGGAGCGACGCUGGCCGCGGUGACGCUAGAGAGAGCGCCGCCGCGGCGUCUGCAGAAGUCCAAGAAGGGGCAUCGCGGACUGGGAGCGCGCAGGACGACACGUACCUGCGCGAACCUUUCGAAGGCUCUGGUCCGGAAGGACGACACAGCCGCGAAGCAGGGGGCUAUGUCCCCCAAGAGAGACGCCCCAGAGGGCCAUCAAAAGGAAUGUACGACCCGGAAUCAGCCAUGCGACCGGUUGACGACUUGGAUGCGUUCAUGACAUUUACGGUCCCCACGAAUAAGAACCCCCAACUUGUUCUCUGCGACAUGCUAGCAACUGGUGAACGACUUAACCAAGAAGGGCUAGGUAUCAACGAAGGAUUUGUUCUCCACCGCUUUGUGUCCGCCCUUUCGGAUGAGUACGCUAUGACGAAGCAUGCCCUGCGACGCACGAAAAAGCUGACCAAGGAGCAAGUGAUGAGGGAGAUCGCAAUCGAGUACAAAGCGAUCCUGGAGAAACAAAAGAAACGCAACGGCGCACGAGGCGCCGAAAAGGCCUACAUCGCCGACGGCGGCGGCCGGAAGGGGCAGUCGUCUAGCCGUGACCACGGUCGUGGCGGCCGAGGUCGUGGAGGCGGCCGCAACGGUGGCCGCGGCGGUCGCAGCGGUGACCGCGGCGGCGGCAACGGCGGGGGCGGCGGCGGCAUCGAGGAGAGCAAGGGAGAUGGAAGUGGAGGAGCAGGCGGCGGCGGCAGCGGCGGCAGCGGCGGGGGCACGAGGGAGAUCGCAAUCGAGUACAAAGCGAUCCUGGAGAAACAAAAGAAACGCAACGGCGCACGAGGCGCCGAAAAGGCCUACAUCGCCGACGGCGGCGGCCGGAAGGGGCAGUCGUCUAGCCGUGACCACGGUCGUGGCGGCCGAGGUCGUGGAGGCGGCCGCAACGGUGGCCGCGGCGGUCGCAGCGGUGACCGCGGCGGCGGCAACGGCGGGGGCGGCGGCGGCAUCGAGGAGAGCAAGGGAGAUGGAAGUGGAGGAGCAGGCGGCGGCGGCAGCGGCGGCAGCGGCGGGGGCACGAGGUUCCCUGGCCGGCGCUACCGGUGCGGUCACGUUGGGCACCAGAUUGCUGACUGCACCACCGAGGAGAAGGACUUCAUUCCGCGUUGCGGGAAAUGCGCAGGGUGGGGUCACAAGGAGGACAAAUGCGCUACGGAGGAGGCUGUCCUGGCUCAAGUCGUGAGCUACGUGAGCGACAACGACUCCGCCACUGACCAGGCAUUCUGUGCCGUGGCACUACCCCCAGGCGAGUGUGGUAUCGUUGAUCUUUGUCUAGUGGGGGUUGAGGAACUUGGCCAGGAUGUCAUGCAGUACGUGGCUGACAAGGCAGCCACGUGCUCCAUGUUCCGAUGUGCGAAUGCCUUCGUGAACUACCGCGAGUAUAACGGUUGGGUGCGGGGAACUGGUGGUGACAAAGCCCCUGUUCCCCUCCUAGGAUACGGAGACGUGGUCGUAGUCCUCAAGUCGGAAGGUGGUUGGGUCUGNGCAGCCACGUGCUCCAUGUUCCGAUGUGCGAAUGCCUUCGUGAACUACCGCGAGUAUAACGGUUGGGUGCGGGGAACUGGUGGUGACAAAGCCCCUGUUCCCCUCCUAGGAUACGGAGACGUGGUCGUAGUCCUCAAGUCGGAAGGUGGUUGGUCAUUGUUCCUGGCGAUGCGAAAGCAGCCCNUGGCCGAGGAAGGCCACAAGUACUCGGGGCAGAAAAGGGUGCUCAAGUUGACCACGAAGGCCGGGGGGGAAGUUCCCCCGGACGGGCAAGCUGCUCACUCAAGAAGGCUAUCAAACACAGCCUACGGUAGACAUCGCCUGUGCGCAGUCAUUGUUCCUGGCGAUGCGAAAGCAGCCCCCCCCACUGACAUCAACGACUACCACAACUCCCACCUGCACGCCCACGAGAAACUGCUCAGAGACACGGCGAAGCAGCAGGGAGCGCAGCUGACGGGAGGACCGCUGCUACCCUGCCUCGGCUGCUCGAUGUCCAAGGGACAGGAUGAUGAGGAGGGCGGGGAGGGCGAGAGCAAUGAGGGCGCGUCACGUCAAGGUGGAGGGGGGGAAGAAGACUCGAGGAGUGAGUCCGACCUUUACGUAGACGACGCUCGUGGGCUGGGGCAAGCGACUCCGCUCGUGCGCAUGGGGGCGCCUGCGGCACCCGGAAAUGGGAUGCAGGGGGACGAAGGCGGAGGUCCCCCGUCGCGCUCUUCGGGAGGGGGUGACUUCGGCGGUGGCGAUGACCCCGCCGACUACAGCAGCAACAGGAACGACAGUAGUGGCGGAGCGACGUCUCUACCAACCACGACGGAGGCGGCAGCGAGUCACUCAGCGGCGACUCUGGUGAUGAGAGCAGCGGCGGGAGCGAACCCCGGGGCCGUCGACCUCGGCAGCGAUGACGAUGGCGGCGGCGAGACAGGCGACCCCGGUGAGAAUGAUGGUGACGGAAAUGAAGGCGGCGACCCGGAGACGCUCGAGGAGUUGAAGUACGACCCCGCCGACAGCCGCUACCCGUCAGGAACAGAAGGGAAGAAACUUCUUUGGAGAGCGUUGAGCGCCGGCCAGCUGCGCCAUGUGCUCCAGCCCGGCCGCACCCGGAAGCAGACCCGGGAGUUGCGGAAGGGAGCUCUUGCCCUGGUGCAGAACCCCUUCAGCUCGGUGAGGAGCAAGCACAUCGACGUGCGGUACCACUUUAUCCGCGAGCUCUUCAAGUCGGGGAAGAUCACCGCAGAGUAUGUCCCGACGGAAGAGCAGCACGCCAACACGCUGACCAAGGUCCUUGGUAGGACCAACCUGGAGUACCACCGGAAGGCCCUGAUGAACUUCCCGGAGUAG